UUCAAAAGCCUCCUUUAUCCAUUCUUCUAUUCUAUUCAACAAUCAGUCAUUGUUUUUUCUUCUCUUUCUUUGAAGCCUUUUGCUUUUUCCGUUUUUCUCUCUCUUUGGGUUUGGUUUCUGAGUGUUCUUGGAUUUGCGAUUCGAGAGAUUUUCUGAUCGGUUUUGCGAUGGCUGCUGCUACUGCUGGAGUUAUUGGCGGUAAUGGAUCGUCUUGGAUUCCGGUCAAGGACAAGCCGACCAAGACGAAGACGACGACGAACAGAGUUAGGGUUUGUCGCGCUUCUUAUUCUUCCUCUGUGUUGGAUCCGUACAAGACUUUGAGGAUCGAACCAGGUGCCUCUGAAUCUGAGGUCAGGAAGGCUUUCAGAAAGCUCGCUUUGCAGUAUCACCCUGAUGUAUGCAAAGGAAACAAUUGUGGGGUGCAAUUUCACACAAUAAAUGAAGCAUAUGAUAUUGUGAUGAGCAAUUUGAGAGAAGAAUCUACAACACAGGACAUAUACGAGCAGUACGAAUACGAUCAAGGGAUUGAUGAGCCGAUGAGAGGAAUGUACGAUUCAGAUUACGACAUGUGGGAGGAGUGGAUGGGUUGGGAAGGAGCUGGGAUUAGAGAUUACUCGUCUCAUAUUAAUCCCUAUCUUUAAUUUAUUUUUUUAUUAGCAACUGUGAAUUUGUAAAUGGAGAGGGUUCAAAACCCAAAUUCAUCAACUAUAAAAAUGGUUUCUUUUCUGUAUAUAAUUGAACUGAGGAUCAUAAUAAUUCAAAAAUCCUCUCCCUCCUGUGUACAUAGUUGGAGCUGAGUUUUUUUCUUGGCCCUGAUUGUUAUUAAUGCCAAUUUCCUCCUUCUAUUU